UCUACAGGACGUGGAGGAUCCGCGGGAGGAAAAUUCCGCAUCUCGCUCGGUCUGCCGGUUGGCGCCGUCAUCAACUGCGCUGACAACACGGGUGCCAAGAACCUGUAUGUGAUUGCUGUCCAUGGCAUCCGCGGUCGUUUGAACCGUCUGCCGGCCGCAGGAGUCGGUGACAUGUUCGUAGCUACGGUGAAGAAGGGAAAGCCAGAGCUGCGUAAGAAGGUAAUGCCCGCCGUCGUGAUUCGGCAACGCAAACCAUUCCGUAGGCGGGAUGGCGUGUUCCUGUACUUUGAGGACAACGCUGGAGUGAUAGUGAACAAUAAGGGUGAAAUGAAAGGCUCCGCUAUCACUGGUCCCGUUGCGAAAGAAUGCGCUGAUCUGUGGCCUCGUAUCGCAUCCAAUGCCGGUUCGAUAGCUUAAGG